AUGGAAGCGACAUUUGUUGUGGUGGGAGGAGGUAUCGCGGGUGUUAGCUGUGCAGAAACUUUGGCAUUUUUAGAACCAGAAGAAAGAAUCAUCUUAAUUAGUGAAUCUUCUCUGAUUAAAACAGUUACAAAUUUGCAUGCAAUUACACGAACCUUACAGGAUUUUGAUAUCAAAGAAACAGAGUCAAGUUAUUUAAGUGCCAAGUACUUAAAUGUUACUGUUUUGCAUGAAACUUUGUUGGAGAUUGAUGAUGUCAAUCAUAUUGUUUCAACUUCUUCCAACAAAAUUAAAUAUAAAUUUUUGUGUUUAUGUUUAGGCGCACAGCCUAAGUUGAUCCCUCAAGCUGCCGCAUUUCCUCAGAUUUUAGGAAUAAGGGAUACAGAUUCAGUUGAAACGUUUGUUGAAAAAUUACAGAACUCGAAGAAAAUUGUGGUUGUUGGGAAUGGAGGAAUUGCGUCCGAAUUAGUUUUCAAGAUGCAGAAUGUAGAAGUUGACUGGGUCAUCCGAGAUAAACACAUUUCCGCAACAUUUGUUGAUCCAGGCGCAGCCGAAUUUUUCCAAUCAUCCCUAAGACGACAACGUUCACCAGAAGAACCUGUGACUAAAAGGAUGCGGUAUAAUGAAGAUAAUCUUAAAAAAUCUGGAGCAGCCUUAGGACCUGAUUGGUAUAAAAAUUUAAUAAUUAGUGGCAGUCAAAACCAUGAAUCCCAUUCACAAAUAAAAAUACAUUAUGAAAAUGAAAUUAAUAAUGUAACUGCCUUAGAAAACAGCGUAUUUCCAAUUGAAGUUACAUUAACAAAUGGCGAAAAAAUUACAUGUGACAUUGUAGUCUCUGCAACUGGGGUACAUCCACGAAGUAAUUUUGUGACUCAAAAUGAAUUUAAAAAAUCUGAGGAUGGCGGAAUUCAAAUUAAUGAAUUUAUGCAGACCUCGCUUCAGGAUAUUUACGCAGCUGGUGACUUGUGUAAUGCCAGUUGGCCAUUAGCCAAACACUGGUUUCAAAUGAAAUUGUGGACUCAAGCUAGGCAAAUGGGAUGCUAUGCAGCAAAGUGUAUGUCAGCUCAUUUCCAGAAGGAAUCUACACUUCAGGAUUUUUGUUUUGAAAUGUUUGCACAUUCAACCAAAUUGUUUGGUUACAAAGUUAUUUUAUUGGGGCUUUAUAAUGGACAGAAGUUAGGUACUAAUUAUGAAAUUUUGAUAAGGAUGUCUAAGGAAACAGAAUACAUUAAAUUUGUUCUUGAGAAUAAUAGAUUGCAAGGGGCCGUUCUUAUUGGGGACACAGACUUGGAAGAAAUGUGUGAAAAUUUAAUUUUGAAUCAGCUGGAUUUAUCUCCAUAUGGUGACGAUAUCUUAAAUCCUAAUAUUGACAUAGAAGAUUAUUUUGAUUAACCAUGCUGUAAAUUUGGAAUUGUAAAUAAACCUGCUUAGUUUAAAUUAAAGCCUAUUUAGUCAAA